CUUUGCCUUGUGUUCAGGAGCAGUUUAGGAGUCAGUGUGCGAUUUUUGGAAUUUGCUAUUUUUCAAAUAAUAUUUUAAUUAUGUAUCUGUAAAUCCAGAAUAGAUUUUAUUUUGUACGUUUACAAAAAAUACCGUAUCAGAAAAAAACAUUUAGUAUAACCCAAGUAUAACCUCUAACAAAGUGACAUGCCACUUUCUAUGUGCAACCCAAAGUAAAAAGCGAAACACUGGAUCCUGGCGAUAUCCACAAGGGCAACGCCAUCAAUUUAAAAGAAUAAGGAGAACCCAAAUUUCAAACGUAUUUAAGACAUUAGUUUGAAGAAAAUAAAAGUUUGAAAUGGCUGAUAAAAUAAGGGUCAAGUCAAACUUUGAUGUAAAGGGUAAUUAUGAACCUUCUGAUUCAGAGGAAGAAUAUUCAGAUACAGAGAAAAAACUUUUGGAUAAAGUACGUAAAAGAAAACACAAUGAAGACGAUAGCGAGGAGGAAAUGUAUGCUUUUUCAGAGUCUGAUGAUGAUUUGGAUAAGAAGGAAGAUUUGGGAUUGGCCGAUAGUGACAUAGAAGGUCAGGAAAAAUCUGAUGAUGAUUUGCCAGAUUCCAAAGCAUGGGGAAAGAAAAAAGGUAUGUUUUACGCUACCGAUUAUGUUGAUGAAGAUUAUGGAGGAUUUGGUGAUGAUGAAGAAGCUGCCCUUCUGGAAGAAGAAGAAGCAAAGAAUAUUCAAAAACGACUUCUUGAACAGCUUGGUGAUGAAGAUUUCACUUUAGAUUUUUUUAACAAACAGCUAGCGGGUGAGGAACAAAAGGAAACUGUUAUUAAAAGUGACCUAAGCCAAAUGUCCAAAAGACAGAAAUUACAAUUACUUGAAAAAGAAAGUCCUGAAUUUGCAGGACUUAUUGAGGACUUCAAAACGAAACUAACUGUUGCCAAGGAUGAUUUACAUCCACUUCUAAAACUUGUUAAAGAUGGCAAAGUUCCAAAAUGUGCUGCUUCUAAAUUUGUUAAGACUAAUUAUGAUCUUAUUUUAAAUUACUGUACAAACAUAAGUUUUUAUUUACUCCUUAAAAGCCAGAAAAUCAAUAUUCAAAACCAUCCUGUUAUAAAACGAUUAUAUCAAUACAGACAAAUGUUAAACAAAAUGGAGCCUAUAUUCCUAGAAGUUAUUAAACCACAAAUUGACAAAAUAUUAACUGCAGUGCAUGAUAAUUUAGAGCUUCAUGUCACUAGAGGCAAUAACACAGAGAUGAAUGAAGGCAGAAAACGCAAAUUGGAAAGACAGGUUUCGGAAUCAUCUGCCAAAAAACUGAAACUUAUCAAUACCUUAGAAAAAGAUGAUGGUGAAGACACUGGUGUUUCAGAUGAUGAAGAAGAAUAUGAGGGUAAUGAUUUCUUCAAAUCUGAAGAUAAAAUUUGUGAAUCUAAAAAUAAUGAUCAGUCUGAAGAAAGUGGUUUUUCAGAUAAUGAUAACUCACCCAACGAUAUAGAAGAAAAUAAACCUUCAACAUCAUCACAAUCUUUGGAUAUUGUCCCAGAUGAUAUAGGAGAUAAGAGAGAAAUUACGUAUCAGAUUGCUAAGAACAAAGGUCUUACACCUCACAGAAAGAAGGAACAGAGAAAUCCUAGGGUUAAACAUAAACUUAAGUACAGAAAGGCAAAGAUAAGGAGGAAGGGAGCUAUACGUGAACCCAGGACUGAGGUCACUAGGUAUGGCGGGGAAUCAUCAGGAAUUAAAGCAAAUGUUAAAAAGAGCAUUAAAAUCAAAUAAUUUUACAAAUUCAGUAUACAUUAUUGUAUUUAUUAACAAAACAUUGUGUAACAUUUUAAUUUUCUUAUUAAUCUUAUUUAUACCAUUUCUUAAUGUUGCCACCUGAAACAAAUAAAAUGCAUAUGAGCUU